AUGGAUAUACAAGCUACAGACAUAAACUAUAAUGUGACAAAUUACAAUAAUGGUUCGAAAAUUGAAUACUUUAAUAUACAAAUAUCUAAACAAGAGGAGAUAGGUUCAUUGGAAGAUAUAAAAAUGCACUUGGAUAUUUUAAAAAAUUAUUAUAAAGAUGAUGAGUCAGUUAUAGCUAUAGAGUCAAAUAAUUACACUAGUAAAGAGAAAGAGAAAUAUGUGAAGAAUUUGUCCUUUACAAAAUCUCUUAUUGGUACUUAUUCACAUAAUAUUGGUAGUAAAAAGUUAUAUCCAUACUUUAAAAUAAGCUCAAGAAAUAUUUUCUCUGAAAAUAUAAAAUGUCCUACAUAUGAUCUAUUCAAAAUCAACUUUAAUGAAACUGUACAGAGCGCAUUGAAAAACAAUAUACUUACAAAUAUAAUACAAGCAAGCCAAAAUCUAAAUCGCACACUUAAUAUGAUACCAUGGUCUCUCAUUCAGAACAGUGAUAAGUACACAAUUGCAAAUGUACAAAUUGCUGCUCUUAAGGUUGCUUUAUUAUCGACUAUCGUUAGCUCCAACAAUAGACUUAUAAAAUUUUACUCGGGUAAUAAAGAAAGUGCACAGAGUCAACAAGAAGCACUGAAAAUGGGAACUUUAGCAAGAAGCUUGGCUAGAUAUGCUUUGGAUACAUGUUAUACUAUCCAGAUUUUAAUUAAUACUUCACCUGAAUCAAGCGAAAGCCUGAUGACAAUUCCUGGACUAAACCUCUUGUCUUCAAAUAAGCUGGGAUUUUCAUUUUUAAAGAAUUUAAGUAAUAAUACUAAGCAAUCAAUAUAUUAUAACUGUUCUGAAUUUUUUUUAGUCAAAAAAAAGGCACGAAGUAUAUUUUGUUCAACAUUGUACUUAUCACUUGUGCUGCAACUAAAGUGCAAAGUAGCAAGUGUCGGUAUAUUAAAUGAGUCACUAUUAGGAAUUAUGUGGCUUAAGCGAUUAAACUCUACAUUAUUUGAGACUUUAAAGCUUUUGGAAAUGAUAUGGUAUGGCUACUUUAACCAAUUACCUUUAAUGAAUGAACAAUAUAUUCCACCAAAACCUUUUAUCUCAUGGAGUUCUGUAAUGAAAAGAAUUCAUAUUCAAUUUAAAGAUUUGAUUAUUUUUCAUAAUGCUAUUAAUAAAUUAAUUGGAGUGAAGGCAUUUAUUCCGUUGCUUAGUUUUAUGAGUAGCAUGACAUCUGAUGACAUGCAAAUAAAAGGCCUUCUUGAAAAUCAAUUACUAAAGGAUUCACUCUUCCCACAUCUUACAACCCAAAGUACUAAUUCAGAAUUUGAACAUUUAUUUGAACUAUACAGAGUAUCUGUAAAAGCAACUAAUAUACCUCAUUAUUUUAAAGACACACAUUCAGGAUCUCUUUUAAAGUUGAACAGCUCUUUAAUUUCACUUCUUACGAUAAUUGGAAGCUACACUGAUCAUUUUUAUAUGGAAGCUGCCAUUUCUAGUCUCAAUAGAUCUACUUAUGAAAACAGUACUUUACCUGAAUAUCUUUGCAAAGACCUAACAAGUCACUUGUCUUUAAAAAGUAUGAAUACUCAAUCAAAAUUCACUAAUGCGUUUCUAAAGUUAAUAAAUUGCUCUUAUUUUUUACAGAGAAAUAUUACAUAUCAAAUUGGGAAAUUACGUGGGUAUGAGAUUUCUAGGAGAAUGUUGAGAAAAUUUAUUUUAAAUGCAAGAAAUAAACUCCAUGAGAAGUCUAGAGAACUUGUACUAUCUGGAGGAAAUCUUGCAAAUAUGUCACAUAAAACGAUUAAAGUAAUGUCCUCUAUAUUUGAAAUUAUUUCUGGAACUGCCAAGAUUAUUAGAAGUGAUGCAAAAGCUGCAUCAUUAAGAGUUGAAAAAUUACAAUUUACCCUUGAUUCUCUGGGUCUUACCUUGGAGAAAAUGAGUGUUAAAGUGGCAGUAAUUUUGUUUAGUUCUGGAAAACUAAAUAGUACUAAUAACUCACUACUGAUUCCAUUUCAAAUAAUUCCAUUAAGAGUUUCUAUUAAUGAUGCUCUAUAUAUGUCACAGCCAAAGAAGUUAAAAGUGAUUACCAAGAGACUAUACAGUAAAAUAGCACACUUAAGUAAAGUCCUAUCCCAUCUGAGAUCUUUUAAUUUAAACAAAAAAUUCAAAGAUUUAGGGGAAAAUGAUGUUUUAAACAGAGAUAUACAAUCUAGAGCUUUGUACAUAUUCAGCUAUAAAAAUGAUUUAGUUAAAAUUUAUGAGCUAGUAAAGAUACUCUCAAAUUCACUACAGAACGUUGUAUCAAUAGUAUCAGAGCCAUUUCCUCAUGAUUUGUUGAACUCCCACCCAGUUCCUGAAAUAUACCUAGGCCGUGAUGGUUAUUGUGGAAUUCAACGAGAUAAAUGGCUAAUGCACAAUUCUACUCUCUACUGGUGUCAAAUUUACAUUAGAUCAAGGCAGUUUCUAAGAAUUGAUGAACUUUAUCAACUCUUCUUGCAACAGUCCAUUGCCUUAGAGAAUUUAGAGAAAAGUGUAUUAAUUGAUCUCUCCAUACUUCUUUCAGAGAUAUGGCCUACAAUGUUAUUAAAAAUAGGAUACAAAAGCUUCCACCAUUUACUUAAAAAAAUAUAUUUGUUGAAUUCAAUACAGGAUAAUCUAAUAAUAAUUUAUGGUUUAUCUCAAAACUCACUUGUCUCUUACGCAGGAUGUCCAAUUAAUGCAGCAUCAUUACUUGACCUACUAUUAAAUAUGUGCAGUCGAGCAGAACUAGCCAUAAAGGAUUCAUCUAUAUUCCAGAAAAAAAGAACUAUUAAAACAAUUUUUAGGGGAGUACUUAAGUGGUUAAAAAAAUUAUUUAGUAAAAAAGCAAGGAAAUGCAAACAAGAGAAAAAUAUUUUAAGGGAUCACUUCAAAAAAUAUAGUCAGCUUUUGUUUGGACUUCAAGGAAUUGUCACUGAACUUGAUCUAUACUUCGGUGUAAAUCUGCAGAAAAUUAAAUUGACCAGAUUUAAAUCUGAGCCUAGCAUCUUAAAUUUGCUUGGCAAAAUCGUUGUUACUUUUUACAAGACAACUAAAAUUGGAAGAACUGAAUCUAAAUUGACAAAACAUAUUUAUAGUAAUAUUCUUACAGAAUGGAUACAUAUAGCUAAAGAUGUCAAAGAAUUUGAGCAAUAUCUAAUUCACGAAUUUAAAAUGUUGAUGGUAAGUCUCAAAUUAUGCUAA